AUGAUCGGAGACGGCAAGGAAAAGUAUGAAGUUGUACGACGUAAGGACAUUUUGCCGAUGUAUACCGAGAGAUGGAUUCGAUUUGAAGCGGUCGAAUUUCACUCGACUGUGGAUCAGGAGGCAUUCGAAAAAGAGCACGUGAUACGGUUGAGUCCGCCAGACGGUUGUUUCUUCGAGGUUCGCAUUAGCUGUUUUGAGCAUAGCACUUUUAAAUUCACAUUUUCGUACUGAAA